AUGCCAGCACCAUCAUCAUCGUCACCAGGAACGAAAAACAGAAGAAUGACGCAAUGUGAGUUCCAGUCUGCCUUCUUGAGAAAUUCCAAGAGACAGACUGCUAUCUUUGAUGAGGCUUUCACCUCCUUAAGUUCGCAGUUGGAGGAGGUGAAAGAUGCCUUCAUCUGCUCAGUAGAAUGUCAGUAUAUACAUGCUGUGUCAUUUUGGGAGGCACGUCGCUUGGACAGAGCAUCAAGAAACAAUAACACAAGAGAAGACAUUCUUGCAAGAAAGCAGAUUUCCAGGGAUGAUCUUCUCAGCAGAGAUAUAAUUGCAAGAGAAGAAAGAGAAGCAAAAGGCAAAUUUGCAGAUAAAAUUACACAGUAUCUUUCUGCUUCUUCUACUUCUCACAAUAAUGCAUCUGACUAA